CAUUUGUGCGCCAGGAAUGCACCUAUGGGAUGCACAUCGCGGAGGAGUAUUCAUGGCCAUUGUUUUGGUCUGAGCAGUGUUAGCUAAGUUAGUUUUUGCAGUCGGCGCGAAAUUACAUCGCAGUGUCUGGAAUCAUCCCCCCCACCCCCCAAGCCAGGAAUCUAGAGACCAACAAUGAGUCUCCCAGCUGCCCCACCCAGCUACGCCGAAGCUAUAGCAGGGGACAGGGAGCCACGAUUUGGUGCCCCCCCUUACACCACCCAACCACCACCAUUGCCACCCUCAUCAGUGCCCAUCCACCCAACCUGGGCCUUUGUACAUCCAAGCCCCAGCCCCGGCUAUGUUAACCCCUAUGCCUCAGACGUGACGUCGCCCUUCUCCGACCCCAGCACCAGCGGCAGCUGCGACGGACUCAGCGGAGAUGGCUGGGAGGACAAGAACGUCCGCCGGAUGUUCAUCCGCAAAGUCUUCACAAUUCUGAUGAUUCAGCUGAUGGUGACCUUUGCUGUUGUGGCACUGUUUACAUUCUGUGAUGAAGUCAGACAGUUUGUACAGUACAAUCUUGUCCUUUAUUUGGCCUCUUAUAUCACUUUCAUGGGGACGUACCUUAUACUGGUGUGCAGUACAACCACCAGACGGCAAUACCCCACAAAUCUCAUUCUACUCUCCGUCUUCACUUUGGCAAUGUCCUACAUGGCAGGAAUGCUGGCAAGUUAUCACAACACCAAGGUGGUGAUGCUGUGUGUGGGGAUUACCGCUGCAGUAUGCCUUGCGGUGACUCUCUUCUGCUUCCAGACAAAGUUCGACUUCACCUCGUGCCACGGCCUCAUGUUCUCCCUCAUGAUGGUGCUGAUGGUGACGGGUCUGCUGCUCAUCUUCACCGCCCCCUUCGGAUACAUUCCCUGGCUACAGACAGCCUAUGCUGGACUGGGGGCUCUGGUCUUCACACUGUUCCUAGCAUUUGACGUGCAGCUCCUAAUGGGUAACCGGCGGUAUUCCUUAAGCCCAGAAGAGCACGUGUUUGGGGCUAUAUGCCUAUACAUGGACAUAGUCUACAUCUUCUUCUUCCUCCUUCAGCUGUUUGGCCGCCAAGAGUGAACCCUUGUCAAUGCCCUGCCCCACCUCUGGUUCAGUGAGAGAAUCAUGUGAUUCAGCGAGAGCUGGGGGGGGGGGGGGGUUUAAUCAAGAUACUCUUUCCGUGUUGGCAACUCUAUUAACUGGGCACAAUGCAAUACAAUCAUUUCCUUAUCUUUGUUGGUAUGCAAGAUUCAAGGUUGCCAGGUCUGCGAGGGUGACUGACACUCUGUCCACAGCUCCAGCCUUGCGGCACUACAGCGCCCUCUGGUAGCUAUUAUACUGUAGUGCAGGGCUAUCCAAUAACAUCAGUAGCUUUCUUUUUUUAAUCCAGACCUGAGCUUUCAAACAUUUCUUACAGAGGCUAAAACUGAAAAUGCUAGGUUGAGUGUUCUGUGGUGACCUGCAUUAAAAAGCCAUUGUAAAAGUUUGCUGGAUGCAAUUUCCAUCCCAACAUUAUCAGUUGAAUGAUAAUGAAGCACUGGUGUUCUACAAGUAAGUCAGCCCAAAAAACCCCAGGGAAAGAGCUAUAAUAUCAAAGCAAUAAUAUGUUUAGGAGUGUCUAUGCAGACCUGCUGGGGCCAUUGGUACAGCUGAGCUGAAAUAUCAUUGUCAGGCCUAGUCCUAAAGAAUUCAUUUUGUUUUACUGACAAUUUGCUACACUGUUCACCACUGGUGUGGGUUAAAAAAAACAAAAAAAACUAGACGGGUUGUUGCUGGCCUUUUGAUAUUAAGCCCAGUAUCUCAGUGUUAGUAAAGGGAAAAAUCUGACAAGAUAUGUUUGAAUUAAAAAUGGGUUAAACUAUGUUUUAAACUAUGUUUGAUUGGCUACUAAUAUGAAUUUCCCAAGUUUCCCAGUCAGUUGUCCCUUGUACCGUUUAAUAUUUACCAGCCACAUGGAAGCCUUAAUUGUCUUUUUGGUCAUUUUGUGGCUCUUUAUUAAGACUGAUUUUGAUAUAUAUUUUGGUGACUGAUGCUGUAAAGAUUAUUCAUGACUAUCAGUAAAUGUUUGUGUUUAUUAUAAGCAUGGUAUUAAUUAUGGCUGUCCAACCAUUCAAGAAAGGAGUUUUAAUGUGGCAUUAAGAAUAACUUAUCCAGAAAGAGACAGCCACACACAUUAACUGUUGCUGUCACUGUGUGUGUCACCCAAACUACCAAAAUCUACGUGGACACGAAUGUCCUUUCUAUCUCUUAAUAUAUGGUGUAUAGAAUUCGGCCAUCUUGUUUCAGAUUCUUGCAUAUGUAAUAUAAAAAAUAUUUCAUUAUGCAAUAUCAUCACACUGGUUGUUUAUAUGGGAACAGCUGCAGUAGUGUGAGACUUUGGUCCUCAAAGGCAAAGCAGAUCAUUGAAAUCCAUGAUUAUUCCAGCUUUCUAUGAAAAUGUGUCACGAUAUGCAUAUUUGUCAUUGUGUUAAAAUCAAGUGUUCACAUAUAUAGUGUAAACAUGGGUGUAACUGAAGUGACAUCAUAUUCAAAGAAAGGGCAGUUAGAUUUUUUUUUAGAUCAUGUAAUAUCUGUUGUUUGCCAAAUGCAUGAAUGUUAAUACUAAAGUAGUAAAUUUGGGAAAGUUUCUUGCUGUAAGCAGAUAUACACUCAGUGAACACUUUAUUAGGUAUUUUUUGGACUUAUUAGUUGCUAAUAAGCCUAUCCACUUGGAGGUUUUAUGCAGUGAGCUCACAGAAGCUCUUCUGCAUACCACUGUUGUAAUGCAUGGUUAUUUGCGUUACUGUCACCUUCGACCAGUCUGGCCCUUCACCUCUCAUUAACAAUGCGUUUUUGCCCUUCGAACUGCUGCUCACUGGAUAUUUUCUGUUUUUCUCACCAUUCUCUGCAAACUCUAGUUGUGCGUGAAAAUCACAGGAGAUCAGCAGCUUCUGAGAUAGUCAAACCACCCUGUUAGGUCUACCUAAUAAAUUGCUCAAUGAGUGGAUAUGCUGUAUGUGUGUGGUAUGAAAUACAAAUACAUUCCCUUCAAGUAAAAAAAAAAAAAUCAGAACACAAUGCUUACAAUAUUUUCCUUGGUACAUUUCCCUCGAUUGGUUUAGAAAAACGACUCAAUUAUGAGCUAUGCGCCUGACCUCAACACACGCCUUGAUGGCCAUUGUUUGAACCAAGAUUAUGUAUGCAAAGACACAGCUGUCAGCAGCAGGCAGACAAGCAGUCAGUGUGCAAUGGAGGUUUGUCAUUAUCUAAAGACCAAGGCAUAACAACCUGCAGUAAGGAUUGCAUUGUAAGUAUGCACUCUGGCUAUAGCAACAUCCAGGUCCAGUGGUGUGUGCAGGACUUCUGGUUGUAGCCUGCCCCACUCCCAUGUGCAGUAAUGCCCCCCUCCCCCCUCUCCAUAUCUACACAAAAUAUAACCCGUUCUGGCUACCGUCUGGAAUAUACAUUUUAUUGUUGAGUUAUUGUAUAUCUUUUGUAUCACCCUCUAAUGAACAAUGAAAAAAGACAUUCAAUAAAAAGUUACGUAAA